ACAUAAAAUUGAAAUCUCGCCCCCUUAUUGCUUUUCCGAUUUCCAUUAAUUUCAAUUCUAAUUUUGAUUCUGAUUCCAACUCUAAUGUUUUCAGAGUUAGGAGUCGGCAUUGAGGUAGAGAUAAUAGGUGAGAUAAAUUUUUAGUGAACAGUUGGGGGAAAAAAUUCAUCCACCCAACUUGCGCGCGCGCAGCGGCACAGAGCUAGGGUUCAGACUUCUCAUCUCCCAUUGUGUGCGAGCAUACGCGAGUCAUAGAUUUUAUUCUGAUGUAUAAAGAUACAUAGCACAUAGAUAUAGAUAUUGAUAUAAAGGUUCGAGAGAAGCAACGCGACUGAUCAGAAUACAUAAUUCAUAAUUCACAGUGGAAAAUGAAAGAGGAGGUUCUAACAUCCAUCAACUCCUCCAACAUCGGUUAUCAGCUUUUGAAGAAGCACGGUUGGAAAGAGGGAACUGGUCUUGGUGCUUCCCAGCAGGGAAGGUUGGAGCCAGUGCAGGUAAAUUUGAAGACAAAUAAGCGAGGCCUCGGAGCAGAUAAAGUAAAGAAGAAGAGAUCGCAGCUCUCUGAAAAUGACGUCUCUAAUGCGAAAAAUGAUGAGGACCGUCCACCUUCCAAAAGUAAGACCAAAGCAUGUUCUAAAAGGAUGAAGAAGAUGUUGGAGGAAGAAAAACGUUUGCAAGAGAAGAAAUUUGAGCAGGAUUUUUUCAGAUUGUUUUGGCCAGAUAAUGUUUGAUAUAUAAAUCUCAUCGUCUCCACCAUGCUCUGCUCUAUGUACAGUUUUUUUGCCCUAAAUUCUGACUCAUUAGUUUUUUUGGGCAAAUUAUGCCCAAGUCCUGUAGUAUAAAUAAAUCUUAAUCCCUGAAGUUUUGAUUGUGGGAAUUUGAUCAUUUAAGUUUCAUAUUCAGGCCUCUCCAUAUUUAGGGAUGUCAUAAAAUUCGAAAUAUGAACAUCAAGGAUCUAAUUGUCACAACUAAAACUUCAAGAGUACUUGCAAUUCAGUAAAACUUGAAGGAUUAUCUCAAUUCUUUUGUCAAGAAGUUUCCAUGUAAUUGUAUUAUGCAUUCUGUGAAUUUGGCCCAGACAGCAAGGAACUAUUUACAUCGCAUGAA